AUGGACUCACUCUCAUCGUCACCUCUGACACCUGCAACGUCAAUAGCACCACCGGCAACACCUCCACCACGCUCCUCAGCAAGAGCCAAUCCUUCCACUCCCUUAAUAAACCCACCAUCUUCAGAUUCAGAAUCAGAACAUGAAUCUCCAUUACUAAACUCUUUACAACUAUCACCAAACGAACAAUCCUACCUAGACCAAAUAAGCUCAGCUCCUCGCACCCCUGUCAGACCUCCCACCUUCACGAGGUCUCAUAAGCACACAAUGUCCAUACCUGCUUACAAGUUCCCAUCUUUGAGGAAUUUCAACGUGGUUAAUUCUUCACCAAGCACGCCAACGGGCUCCAGGGUGGAUAUUUUCAAAGAUGUCAAGAUUAAUGAAUUGCCGCAAGGUGGUGUGUCCAAGUUGCAGGGGAAUAGAUAUAGUGUGUAUGUACAGAAUGAGGAUUUUGAAAUACCGGAGAGGAAGAAAUGGUUUAAGCAUGGUAAGAAUAAUAGUUUUGGAAGUCCUGGUGGUUGGUUUCUAAAGAAUCAUAAAAAGAGUAGGAGUGAGUUUUAG